GAUCACACAUAAGUCCUGUCACAUGCACGCAUGUAUAUAGCAUAUAUAGCGAGAUUGUGUUGGUAAUUAAUCAAAGGCCGUUCGCGAAAAUGGCCGAUGGAAGCGAGUCACGGUUGUUUUCCUCCAAGAGCCUGUACGAAUUAUGCGUGUCUGCAGUGGCGGACAAGUUUCGGAGUUACAAGCCGCAUCUUGCCGACUUGCCCAAGAACGUGCGGUUCGAUCUCUACUAUCAGCUGUACAGAGAAAGAAGAUUAUGCAUAUUGGGAGCGGAAUUGAGCGAUCUGGAGACUUUCUCCAAGAUGCUCAAGGUCACCAAUCGUCGAAUACACCUUCUGCAAAUCUUUCAGGCUCCAAUGUAUCAUGGAAUAAGGGUGGGAAAGAAUUUGGCCAUCAGUUACAACAUGCACUGUUUUCAAGUAAGGGAGAAUCCUGCUGCACAGGAUAAGACUAUAAAUCUGGGUUUGAGACUUGGUGGGUUUCUCAGUGAUGCUGGCUGGUAUUCGGAAAGUGAAGAAGUACUGUUGGCUUGCAAGGAAUUGUGUAUUGUCAACAAUCAAACUCCUGAGGAUUGGUGUAGAACAUUAGAUUGUUGUCACAAACUGUUACAUGCACAAGCGGCAUACUGUGCUUUUGAUGGGGCUGCAGAGACUCAUCAACUUGCCAUAGAAAUGAUAGAACAAUUAAAAAAUGCGCAGUACAAUAACAGUAAUCAUGCAGCGCUUUUUGCAGAAUUCAGUGUAUUAUUCUUCAUACGCAGUGAAUAUGAUCAAGCUUACAGGUGGAGCAUAGAAGCGUUGAAGCAUUUAAAACCGUCGCUUCCCGCACGGGUUAUUAUCGAUGUUUUAAGACAAGCGGCGAAAUCGUGCGUAGUUAAACGCGAGUUUCAGAAGGCUGGUUUACUGAUCAGAGAAGCUGUUUAUCUCGCCAGAGAGAUUUUUGAUACAGAUCAUCCAAAGUAUAGCGACGUUCUCAUUGAUUAUGGAUUCUACUUACUAAACUAUGAUAGCAUCAUUAAUAGUGUAUCCGUCUAUAAGACUGCAUUAGAUAUUAGAAGAGCGAUUUUCGGCAAGACUAAUCUCCAUGUCGCUUUGGCGCACGAAGACUUAGCUUAUGCUCUCUAUGUAUACGAAUAUAGUUCUGGCAAGUUCGACGAAGCAAGUGAUCACGCUGGAAUAGCUAUAGAUAUUAUGGAGAAACUCUUACCUCCCUAUCAUUUGAUGCUCGCAAGUGCUAAACGAGUAAAAGCGCUUAUUCUCGAAGAGAUUGCUAUAGAUAACGCGUCUACGCCGUUAUCCGAACAAAAUCUGUUACUCAAAUCUGAGUGUCUUCAUUUAUCCGCUUUACAUUUAGCCAAAACUGCAUUUGGCGAAAGAAAUGUACAAACAGCGAAGCAUUAUGGAAAUCUGGGACGCUUAUAUCAGAGUAUGAGAAAGUUUGAGGAAGCGGAAGCAAUGCAUCUGAAAGCGAUUCGUAUCAAAGAAGAGUUAUUGGGUCCUGAAGACUAUGAAGUAGGUUUGAGCAUAGGGCAUUUAGCUUCAUUGUAUAAUUUUCACAUGAACCGAUAUAGAGACGCAGAGAAGCUUUAUUAUCGUAGCAUUGCAAUCAGUUUAAAAUUAUUCGGGAAAAGUUACAGUGGCUUAGAAUACGAUUAUCGAGGACUCUUACAUGUGUACAAUAAAUUAGAUGAAUAUGAGAAAAUAUUGGAAUACACAGAUACGUUAAAUCAUUGGAAGGAACUUAGAGACAAACACGCUCAAUCUGAAGAUCCACCGAUCGAUGUACAGAAACGUCCACAACCGAUCGCAAACAUAAUCAAUGUGUUCUUUUCUAUGUGAUAUAUCAAUAAGUAUGUCUAAUUCAAAUUUUAUGUCAUUGUAUGUCAUCGAGCGAAUCGUUGGUCUUUGUUGCGUUUAUAAGACAUUGGGCCAAAGUAGGAAUUAUUCACAUUAGGGAGAUUUGUCACUGAUCUGGUCGUACGAUUAAAUUAACUGUCUAUCUCGUGUCGAUAUUUUAUAAUACACAUGCAUAUAGUCAAUAUCGCAUUAAGAACAGUUAUUAUCAACAUGAUAUUAAACUUAAUUAAUACAAUGUUGAAAAAAUUGUUAAUUUAUGUAAAUUUGUUUGUGUAAAUUAUUUGUAUUAAUGACGACAUUAUGACAUGGGUUUUAUUUUAUUAUGAGUUUAAUUAUCUCUGGCUUCAAAUUAGAUUCAGUUUAUCUAAGUUUAUUUCAAUGUAUUGGAGAUUCUUGCACAUCAAAAUAUGUACAUUCUUUUUAGAUAUUUUAUAUAUACAUAUAUAUAUAUAUGUAUAUAUAUAUAUAUAUAUAUGUCAUUUUAAUAUAAAUUUUUCAAUCUAUUAUAAUCUUAUUCAUAUAUCUUUAUGUAUAUGUAUAUGUACAGAGAGUCCCACGAAAAUGUGACAUGCCGAAAGAUUUAAAAUAUGAAGAAAAAAAGAUACAAAGCAAAAUUAAAUGGUUUUAGCUGCUCUAACUUUACACAUUCUAUGCAACUUUUAUGUGCAUGUAUGUAGUUGCAAAGUGCAAUCAUGCCAUUUUUUUUUUUUUAAUGGAACUCCAUGUUUUUUAAACAUAUUCGACGCAGAUUUUCAUUCUUUAUAAAAAAAUAUUGGGAUAUUUAUGCCGGAAAUUAAUUUAGAAAUUAUUUUAAAAAAUAGUUCUAUUAAAGCAAUAUCUAUCUUUUGAAAAUUGAUGUUCAAAAGAUCGUUCUUUAAUCUGAAUACAAAAAUUACUCAAUCCCUAAAUGAUCUAUCUAUCUUUCAGGCAUUUUACUGGAAAUUUGUUGAUAUGCUUGGUUCCUUUGUUUCAAUUUAUUUGGAGGAAAUUCUUAGUGCUAAACUUAAUUUUUUAAAUAAAAUCCAAUAGAGUUGCUUUAAGAAAUUACUGAAGAGCAAAUUAAUGAUGUAAUAAAAAAACAUUAAUAUAAGAAUAAGAUGUUCAAAAUGUGACAAUAAGUCAUUUGUGUUAAUUUAAUUGAAAAAUUUAUAUUAAAUUGAUAUAUAUUAUACUUUAAAUUUGCUAUUUUUGUUGAUAAUUAUAUUUUUCAAGAAUUUUUUUACUCAGAUUUUUCAUAUAAAAUAUUUUUUUGUUACGAUCGCUUACAGAAUGCAUUUAUAAUUUGUAUAACUCAUUGCUUAUUUCAAGAUUACAAUAAUUGUAAAUUUUCAUAUGUUGCAUAAAUUUUAAAUAACAAUGAUAAUCAAUACAUACAUGCGCUUGUGGUAAUUGUAAUUAAAAAUAUAGGUAUUAAAGUUCUUGAUAAACAAUUUGAUGAACGAAUGUUUUGUUGUUUAAAAUGUUAUUUUCUUUGUAAAAUUUGAUAUAUUAAUUUAAAAAUAUACACAUCCUACAUAUAUAUAUAUAUAUAUAUAUAUAUUAUAUAUAUAUAUAUAUAUCCUAUAAUUUUGUAUCAAACAUAUUUCGUUCCUAAAUAUCAUAAUAAAUAUAAAUAAAAAUUGGACGCGCACGUUUUUCGAAUCAUAUAAAGAUAUUGAGAUCUUGAGAUGAAAAAUUCUCUUUGAAUUUACGUCAAUUAAAGUCUACAAGUACUUUUACAGAUUUAUAUUAUGUUGAAAAUUCACUUAGAUAAGUUUUGAACAUUUGUGUAAACUCUUACAUAAUUAGAUAGAACAUAGUAUAAAAAUGCUCCGAGAUGUUCAGUGAUACAAUAUACAUAUAAGAGUAUGAGGCAUAGUUGUGUGAUUUACUUAGUAUUAUACAAAUUCAAAUUAUAAUUUUCUCAACAUUGUACGCCUCAGCUUUUACUUAAAUGUUGUCAGUAAUUAUAAUUAGAGUUAGCAAUGAUUCGAUUAUUUCACGCGUUAAAAAGAAACAAAUAUACGAAUAAAAUUAAAUAUAUUGGAAAAAAUUUCUCUACAAAUAAUUAAAAAAGAUAAUUCUCUGUAAAAUGCAUAGAAAUAGAGUGAAAAUUUUCAUCGUACAUACAUCAUGUAUAUGAUAUAAAUUAUAUAAUUAUUACUUACCGAUAUUAUUUACUAUAUUAAUAGAAAUUUCUUCGCGUAAUACAUUUCUCGCAUUCUGUAUCGAUUAGUUUAAUAUUUGACAUAAAUAAAUUUUCUUUGUAAAAAAAUAGACAGAAAUUUUCAAGGAGUAUUAUGCAUAUUCAUUGAAUUUGUAGUUUGAUGUUUUUUGCAUAAUUAUUAAAGAAAGUUAUACAAUACUAUUUCAAGAAGUGAAAAGACCAUUGAGACUAUAUUAAAAAAAAAUUUGUUAAAUUCUUUCAACUUUCAUCAUUAAUGCCAUACUUGAUGCCUAUUAUAUAUAAUUCUUUUCUCAUAAUUUGUUUGUCAAACUAUUAAAAGUGAUUCUAAAAUCGUGGCGAUUGUCAUUAUAAGUAACUCUGCACAUAUUUUAAUAAAAAUUUUCAAUGUAUUAAUCUUUCAUAUUUAUAUAUUUAUGUAUUUUAUAUUUUAUGCGAUUCGCUAUUUGUAGAUAAAUUUCUAUUUUCGAAAAGAAUUGCUUAGGUUUCUCAUAUAAAAUAUCUUUCAUUUAUACUUGUUUACCGAAUGCACAUAUAAUUUUUUCAAUUCAUUAUUCAUUUUGAAAGAUUACAAUAUUUGUAGAUUUUCAUGCAUAUCUUGAAAUAAUAAAUAUAUAUACCUAUGUGUUAAUAA